CUGUUGUCUGAACUACUUUUCAUUUCUUUAUCUUUUACUUCUCAUCUUACUAACCUUUUCUCUAAAUUCAACAAAAUGUCUUCCCCAAGCAAACGUAGGGAGAUGGAUUUGAUGAAACUGAUGAUGAGUGAUUAUAAGGUGGAGAUGGUCAAUGAUGGCAUGCAAGAAUUCUAUGUUGAGUUCAAUGGACCCAAAGAAAGUCCUUAUCAGGGAGGGGUAUGGAGGAUAAGAGUAGAGCUGCCGGAUGCUUAUCCUUAUAAAUCUCCGUCGAUCGGAUUCAUUAAUAGGAUAUACCAUCCAAAUGUCGAUGAAAUGUCGGGUUCAGUAUGUUUAGAUGUUAUCAACCAAACUUGGAGCCCUAUGUUCGAUCUGGUGAAUGUAUUUGAAGUGUUUCUUCCUCAGCUUCUUUUGUAUCCUAAUCCAUCUGAUCCGUUGAAUGGAGAAGCUGCUGCUCUUAUGAUGCGUGAUAGGGCUACUUAUGAUCUCAGAGUCAAAGAAUAUUGUGAGAAGUAUGCUAAGCCGGAGGACGUUGGGGCAAAGAUGGAGGAAAAAACAAGUGAUGAGGAGCUGAGUGGUGAUGAUGAUGAUUAUGGGUCUGACGAUGAGCAAGUUGCUGGUAAAGCCGACCCUUAAUUGCAUGCAUUCGAUGUAAUAUAAAUUGCCAGUGUGUCUGUACAUGAUUUGCAGCUCUUGCAAAAUGGAAACUCAUAGACUGAAGGAUUAUGGAAAAAUUUCCUGGCCUUUGUAAUCUUUUAUGUUAUUAUGCAAUAGAUGUUUCUGUAAAUUGUUGAGCUAUGCAUAAUGGUUUCCAUUCUCA